AUGCUCUUGGACGCAGGACCGCAGUAUCCCACCAUAGGAGUCACUACUUUCGGCUCCUCACGGCAUCACUCAACAGGCGAAGUCACAGAGAGAGAAGUGGCGUUGGGGAUAAAUCCGUUUGCGGACGGGAUGGGCGCCUUCAAAAUAAACCACAGCUCCCACGAUAUUGGUUCCGGACAGACGGCGUUUUCCUCCCAGGCGCCCGGCUACGCAGCGGCCGCCCUGGGACACCAUCACCACCCCACUCACGUUGGCUCUUACUCCACGGCGGCUUUCAACUCCACCCGGGACUUUCUCUUCAGAAAUCGGGGUUUCGGUGAUGCCACCGGGGCGCAGCACAGUUUGUUCGCCUCCGGAAGUUUCGCAGGGCCACACGGACACUCAGAUGCAGCGGGGCACCUGCUCUUCCCAGGGCUCCACGAGCAAGCGGCGAGCCAUGCGUCUUCCAACGUGGUCAACAGCCAGAUGCGACUGGGCUUCUCGGGGGACAUGUACGGUCGGGCCGAUCAGUACAGCCACGUUACAAGUCCUAGGUCCGACCACUAUGCUUCGACCCAGUUGCACGGCUAUGGCCCCAUGAACAUGAAUAUGGCCGCACACCACGGAGCAGGGGCCUUCUUUCGAUACAUGAGGCAGCCGAUCAAACAAGAGCUCAUCUGCAAGUGGAUCGAGCCGGAGCAGCUGACAAAUCCCAAAAAGUCGUGCAACAAAACUUUUAGCACAAUGCAUGAGCUGGUGACUCAUCUGACGGUGGAGCAUGUGGGGGGACCAGAACAGUCCAACCACAUCUGCUUCUGGGAAGACUGCUCCAGAGAAGGGAAACCAUUCAAAGCCAAAUACAAACUUGUAAAUCAUAUCAGAGUACACACCGGAGAAAAACCCUUUCCAUGUCCGUUCCCCGGCUGUGGCAAAGUAUUUGCUCGAUCGGAAAAUCUAAAAAUUCACAAAAGGACUCACACUGGUGAGAAGCCUUUUAAAUGUGAGUUUGAAGGCUGCGACAGGCGAUUUGCAAACAGCAGUGACCGCAAGAAACACAUGCACGUGCACACGUCGGACAAGCCCUAUCUCUGCAAAAUGUGCGACAAGUCAUACACACACCCCAGCUCCCUCCGAAAACACAUGAAGGUUCAUGAAUCCACCAAUCAAGGAUCCCAGCCAUCUCCAGCGGCCAGUUCAGGGUACGAGUCCUCCACACCUCCCACCAUAGUAUCACCGUCCACAGAGAACCAGAGCAGCAGCUCCAUAUCACCAGCAGCCUCAGCAGUACACCACACAACCAGCCACAGCACCCUGUCGUCAAAUUUCAAUGAAUGGUACGUGUAAAUAUUUUUGAAAAGACUGCAGAAUUAAAACUGCUUGGAAUCAAAGACUUUAUAAAGUCAGCCAGUGAGGCAUGGACUGAGAAAACACGGGAGGCCCUAACGAUCAAUUAAGGGCUGUCUAAUAGCGAGGAAAGAGAAUGCAUGGACA